AUGUUGUUCAAGAGCUUCGUCCAGGCCGCUAUCGUCGCCUCCGCCAUUGCCCAGCCAAUCCAGCACCAACACCACCAACACGAAAAGAAGGCGGUUGUUGUCACCAACUGGAACACCGUCUUCGUCACCCAGACCGCUGGUGCUCCUCAGCAGGAGGAGUCUCAGCCAACCGCUGAGGCCCAGCCAGACAACGAGGCCCACGCUGCCGGUGUCAUUGGCGACCUUAUUGGUGGUGGUGACUCUUCCAGCUCUGCCUCGUCCACUGCCUCCACUCCUUCCAAGCCAGCUCCAUCCAGCUCUGGCUCCGACUCUGUGUCUAUCCCAUCCUCCACUGGUUCUUUCUCUGGUCCAGCUAAGGCUAUCACCUACUCGCCAUACUCUGACGACGGUGGCUGUAAGUCUGCUUCCCAGAUCAAGAAGGAAGUUCUGAAGUUGUCUGGUUUCGAGACCAUCAGACUUUACGGUGUCGACUGUAACCAGGUCGAGGCUGCUCUUUCUGGUUUCGCUCCAGGCCAGAAGCUUUUCGCCGGUAUCUUUGACGUCCACCAGAUUGAGAAGGACGUUGAGACUUUGUCCAAGGCUGUCAAGAACCACGGUGGUUGGGACGUUGUCAGCACCGUCUCUAUCGGUAACGAGUUGGUUAACGCUGGCCAAGCCACUCCUUCCCAGAUCGGCAAGUACGUCGAGUCUGGUAGAUCUGCUUUGAAGUCCCAGGGUUACUCUGGUCCUGUCGUCAGUGUCGACACCUUCAUUGCCGUGAUCAACAACCCUGACUUGUGUAAGCACUCUGACUACAUGGCUGUUAACGCCCACGCUUUCUUUGACGGUCACAUUGCCGCCAAGGAUGCCGGUGACUGGGUCUUGUUGCAGCUCCAGAGAGUCUCCAACGCCUGUGGUGACUCCAAGAAGGUUUUCAUUACUGAGACCGGCUGGCCAACCAAGGGUGACUCUAACAAGGUUGCCAUUCCAUCUUCUGAGAACCAGAAGAGCGCCCUCCAGUCUAUCUCUGACAAGUGCGGUGACUCUGUCACUUACUUCAACGCCUACAACGACAUGUGGAAGAACCCAGGUCCAUUCAACGCUGAACAGUUCUGGGGUGUCUACACCGCCUAA